UAAAAUUGAUAAAUAAAUUUGUAAUUAAAUAUAUAUCAAGUUAGGUAAUCUUUGUUAAUCAAUAAAAAUCUUAAAAUUUUCUAGUUUCUAUAUAUAUAAUAUUUGAAAUAAAUUAUGAAGACAAUAUUUCUUGCUGUUUUUAUAUGCCUCUUUCAAAACAGCUCUUGUUUUUUACCUCCAAAAUUUCAAUGGAAAGUAAUCGAUUUUACAUGGGCAAAUCAGUCUCGGAAAGCUGCCAUCGAUUCAGGGUUAUAUGUGGCCGAAAAUAAUAUGCCGACUGGUUUGGCAAGACGGAGGGAAAAAGUGUUCGUCACCAUUCCAAGAUGGAAACGUGGGGUGCCAUCCUCUUUAAAUUAUAUCUACGUGAAUGGUAGCCAGCAGCAGCCUCUAAAUCCUUAUCCAAGCUGGGCAGAUGCAGUAUUGUCAGAUAAAGAUGGCGGUAUUAGCUCGAACAGCACAGUGGUAUCCACGUUCAGGGUACACGCGGAUAGGUGUGAUAGAUUGUGGGUGGUCGAUAACGGAGUCACUGAUAUGUCUAUGGACGUAAAGCAAGUUGCUGACCCGGCCAUCGUUAUUUUUGACUUGAACACCGACAAAUUAUUGCACCGAUACAUAAUGGGGCAUGACGUUUUGAGGGAGUCGUCGGUACUAACCAGUAUCGUAGUUGAUAUCGGAAAGAACUGUAGCGACGCGUUCGCCUACAUUCCUGAUAUGGGCUCCAACGCCAUAAUAGUGUACAGCCUGAGAACGAACGAAGCCUGGAGAGUUGAUCAUCAUUAUUUCCACUUCGACCCCCACGCGGGCACUUACAAAGUUGGCGGAGUCCACUUUUAUUGGAGUGAUGGUGUAUCCUCUGUUGCUUUAUCGCAGACGAGAAAAGACGGUUAUCGUGACCUGUACUUUCAUCCGACUUCAAGCACGAAACAGUUUAAAAUGUCAACGAAACUGCUGAAAAAUAAAAACGUACCCAGCGAAGAUAUAUUUAAUGGAGUUGCUGUUGUGGGUGACAGAGGAGCUAAUUCUCAAGCAACUGCGUGCGACUUUGACCAUCAGAGCAAAAUUUUGUUUUAUACCCAGUUGUGUAAAAAUGGAGUAGGUUGUUGGAACACAGAGAAGCUCUUCACAGCUGAAAACAAUCCGGUGAUUAUAAGCGAUUGCAACCUCUUGGAGUUUCCAAAUGACGUUAAGGUGGAUCAGGAAGGUAAUAUUUGGAUAUUGAGUAACAGACAAUCACGGUUCCUCUACGAGUCUAUGGAUUUCGACCAGGUGAACUUCAGGAUCCUGACUGCACCGGUGUCCGCGGUAGUCCAGGGCACGCCUUGCGAAAGAACCACGGUUUUUGGCAAAGCAUUGAGCUUUGUCAAACGUAACAAGUCGGGAAGUAAACAAUCGUUGACAAAUUAAUAACGAGAUUUAUUUUGUACCGAGACUUUGGAAGUAACCAUUCUAGAGUACAUAUAUUUGAAAAAUGAAUUUCCUUUGAGAAUAAAAAAUAUUAAUUUUGUUGGAAUAUUAAAAAUUAAUCAAGUAGGUUUGUUUUUUUCAAAAAACUAAUAAAAAUGUUUAAUA